GGAAGCGAACAUGGAGAAGCAACAGCUCCUAGCCAUGGGCUUCUCGGAGGAGCUGGCUAGCCAAGCGUUGAUCGCCACUGCCGGCGAUGUAAACAAAGCCACUGAAUGGAUUCUUAGCAACCCCGACGGGCAAAGGGCUUCCCAGGAUUCCGUUUCUUCCUCUCUCCCUGCCCCCGACCAGCCCUCAACUUCCCCUUUUCAGCCCAAAAUCAAUCGCUUCUUUCAAUCCCAAUCCAAGCCCUCUUCCGUCAACAUCCAUCACGAAGAAGAGGCAGAAGAACCCCAAUUACAGCGUUCAACAAAACGCCCCAAAUUAGCAGCGCAAGCGGAGGAGGAAGAAAAGAAUAGUAAGAAGGUAACCCCUCACGAACCCUUAUCGGAGCGGAUGAGACCUCGGACUCUCGACGAUGUGGUGGGACAGGACCAUUUACUGGGCCCCAGCUCCGUUCUGAAAUCGGCGAUUGAUUGUGGCCGCAUACCCUCUAUUCUUCUAUGGGGCCCACCGGGCACCGGCAAGACAUCCAUCGCCAGAGCCAUACUCAACUCCUGCUUCUCCGUUGCGGGGACCACGUAUAGGUUUGUCUCUUUGUCUGCCGUGACUUCCGGGGUUAAAGAUGUCCGAGAUGCAGUUGAUGAAGCUAAGAAACUGAAGAAACUGUGCAACAAAAGAACCAUUCUGUUCAUGGAUGAGGUUCACAGGUUUAAUAAGGCUCAACAAGACUCAUUUUUACCAGUGAUUGAAGAUGGGAGUGUUGUGUUCAUGGGUGCCACCACUGAGAACCCAUCAUUUCAUUUGAUCACACCCUUAUUGUCUCGGUGUAGAGUUUUAACCCUCAAUGCCUUAAAACCCGAUCACAUUCGCAUACUCCUCACGCGAGCUGUUGCUGAUUCUGAUAAAGGAUUGGCAUGUAGUGGGAAUUGGAAACAUUUGAAAAUUGAAGUAAGUGAUGAAGCUAUGGAGUUUCUCUCGAUGCACUGCGAUGGAGAUGCAAGGGUUGCAUUGAAUGCCUUGGAAAUUUCUGCCACUACUGCAGCUUCCAGGGCUGGAUUGUGUGUUGUACCAAAUAUUGAGUCUGGUAGUGGUGGAGCAGCAAUGGCAUUCAGCAUUGCUUUGAAUGAUGCUAAAGAAGCAUUGCAAUGUAAACACUUGGCAUAUGACAGGGCGGGUGACGAGCACUACAAUCUCAUAAGUGCACUUCACAAAUCCAUGAGAGGGAGUGAUGCUGAUGCCUCGGUUUAUUGGUUGGCAAGAAUGCUGGAAGGAGGGGAAAAUCCACUCUACAUUGCCCGUCGGCUAGUUAGGUUUGCUAGUGAAGAUGUGGGUUUAGCUGAUCCUAAUGCACUUUGCCAGGCUGUGGCAUGCUAUCAAGCCUGCCACUUCCUGGGUAUGCCCGAGUGCAACGUCAACCUUGCUCAAUGUGUGGCUUAUUUGGCCUUGGCCCCCAAGUCAAUUGCUGUUUACCGGGCACUGGGGGAUGCAUUGAAGGUAGUGAGGGAGUCGGUAGGACAGAACGAAGGGGUGCCCCUUCACCUCAGGAAUGCACCAACCAAACUAAUGAAGGAUUUUGGAUAUGGAAAGGACUAUAUUUAUACACCUGACAAUCCUAAUUCAUCCCAGACUUUUUUGCCACCUUCUCUUCAAGGUUAUAAGUUUCUGAACUGGCCGUAAUCUACUGCUGCUACCUGCUUGCUAAUCAGUCAUGAAUCUAUUCUGUUGAAAGUAGUACUCAACAUGCUCAUCCUAAUUCCUAAUGCAUCUCCCUUUUGUACUUCUUUUGUUCCACAUUUUUGCACUACUAUUACUUGCACAUUUUAGUGGCAUUCUGUGGAUAUGUUUGAAACAUCUCAGUGGCAUUUGGUUCAAACAUUGGAAUCGUUUCUGAUAUUAGGGUAUAAAAAUCCCCAACAAAACGCCUUUGUAAAGAAGCUUGGACUGGACAUAUAGUCCUAUACUGAGAAAUUUUGAUCUGCAUUCUCAGUGCACCUUUUCCUUUAAAACGAAUGAGAAUCUUCUGCACAGACAUGUUAAUUUGGUGA